UUCCUUUAACGUUUAGUGAAUUGUGUUAUGCUCGCAAGUUAAUCAUUGUAUGACUAAGACUGUUAGAUAUGAGAUGUCAGACUUUAAUAUCAGAUGAUCUAAAGAUAACGCAUAUCAAAAGGUAUGACAUUGUGGGCGUAGAGUUUUUGCGUUUAAGAUAUCUUCUUAUAUCUCAUACGACAUAUUGUCUUCGCUCUGCGUCGCGAAUUUGUGGCAGCAUAACACGCCAUAAUAGUUUCCACUUUUAAAGGUAUUACUCAACUAAACCUCGAUCUGGAACAUCUGCUUUUUUCGUCUAAAGAAAGCACGGGUGAUGAUAAUUGUCUUAAGAGUUCUAUAUUGAUACAAUUUACGUUCCACAAAUAUAUAUUAUUCUCGAAAGAGAAAUCGCAAUUUGUUAAUAUAUCGUUUCUUUUCACAAGAAAGUUUAAUAUUAAAUUUUGGAAGAAAAUGGGUCUAAAAUGGUUUCGGGCAAGUCUAUCGAUGGAAAAAGAAGCGUCUAAAGUUCCAGCAAUGACGGGUUUAUAUCGGAGAAUUUCAUUCGAGCCGGCAAUUCAAAAAAAUGUGGAAGUCUCAUUGUCAACUGCGCCUCAUUUAAUCAUAAAUGAUUCAACGUCAAGUGGUGAUAACGAAACAGCGAAAAAUGACCGCUCAAGAGCAGAUCUUACAAAUCAAACAUCAUCGUCAAUUAUUGAUUCAAAGGAAAUCACGGUAAAAGACAUUGACAACAAACCACAGAUAAAUAAUCAUUUGGUUGAAAAUGCAGAGUCUUCUACUUCCAUCAAAGAUCCAAAUGUAAAAGAGGAAUCGGCACGUGGCGAGGAAUUAAAUAAGAUAACUAAAGAUCAGAAUAUGUCAGAUACAAAAAAUCCUAUCUAUUCAGAUAACGAGCUAGUGAUCUAAUAAGAGGAAAAUGUUAAAUAAUGCAUGCAUAUAUACAGAAGUUCAGCAUGAAAAAGGGAUACUUUUGUCUCGA